AGAGCUAGAGACCCAGCCGUACAUUGGGUACUGUGUCCAGUGUCUCUCUUCCUGUGUUACCGCCCUUGGGGUGAGAUAGAAAGUGAGUAGCAGUGAAGCCGUCGUAUUCAUUGGAGCAGUACAGUAAGUAACUAGCUACUGUCAUUUGAUAGCUUGCGCCUUCUGGAGUGAACUGAAGACGUGUGGAUUGAAUUUGCCCAGUCGCUGUAGAUUCAGCAGAUUACCUGUCCCUAGGUGUGACACUUGGACCCAGAGGGACACAGACAGACACCCCGGUCUGCAGUUGGUGUAGCAGAGAGAGAACAUGGCAUUGUCGUUUAAGAAAGACCUGGAGAAGUACAAGGAGAUUGACGAGGAUGAGAUCCUUAACAACCUGUCAGAGCAGGAACUCAAACAACUGGAGACUGCCCUGGAGGAGAUGGACCCAGAGAAUGCAUUGCUGCCAGCGUCGAUGCGUCAGAAGGACCACACAGUGAAAGCAGCCACCGGCCCCUACAGCAGAGAGAAACUACUCAGUUUUCUGGAGAAGGAGGCCCUGGAGUAUAAAGACAGAGAUGAUGUGGUGUCUUUCUCUGGAGAGAGGAAAGGCAAGGCAUUUGUUCCCAAGCAGCGGCCCAUCGAGUCUCGUCAGGAAGAGGUAACGACCCUUGACCCGGAACUAGAAGAGGCCCUGUCCAGUGCUACCGACACUGAACUCUGUGACCUGGCAGCCAUCCUAGGUGUCCAUACCCUGGUGACCAGCACCCAGAGCUACGAUGGAACCAGCAGUAAAGAUGGAGGAUACAACAACGUGGUGAAGGGGGAGAAGAUGAACCCCGUGUUUGAUGAGCCUCCCAACCCCACUAACGUAGACGACACUCUGCAGAGGAUAAAAAACAACGACGCUGCGCUGACGGAGGUUAACCUCAACAACAUCAAGAACAUUCCCAUUCCCACGCUGAAGGAGUUUGCCAAGGCCAUGGAGAGGAACACACACGUCAAGAAGUUCAGCCUCGCCGCCACACGGAGCAACGACCCCAUCGCUGUGGCAAUGAGUGAGAUGCUGAAGGAGAACAAGUCGUUGCGGAGUCUCAACCUGGAGUCUAACUUCAUCACCAGCGCUGGUGCUGCUGCUCUGGUGGACUCUCUCCGAGACAACGACACACUGACUGAGAUCAAGAUAGACAACCAGAGGCAGCAGCUGGGGACUUCAGUAGAGAUGGAGAUGGCUAAGAUGCUGGAGGACAACAACAGCAUAGUGAAGUUCGGCUACCACUUCUGUCAGCAAGGCCCACGGGCUAGAGCUGCUGCUGCUAUCACCAAGAACAAUGACCUGAUCCGCAAGAGGCGAGUGGAGGGGGACCAGUAAGGGGCGGAGCCUGUCAUGUCUCCCAGACCUGUCCCGUCGUCUCAUCUCGCCGUAUGGAAUACAUUUUCAGCCAAUCCCCUGGUCUCAUCUCACCGUGGACGUUAAGUCUUGUGCCAAAACCCGGAGCAAGGCGCCCUCAACCAGACGGGGACUGCGAGUCCCAAAUGGCACCCUUGUUCCCUACGUAGUGCACUACUUUUGAUCCGAGCCCUAGGGGCUGUGAUCGUGCCCUAUAGAGAAUAGGGUUCCAUUUGAGACGCAGCUAACAUCAUCUAUCUGAGGAGAAGAGAAAUAACUGGAAUAGCUCUCUCUAGUACCUACAUAUCUAUACACACGUUGUUGUUGUUGUUGUUAUUAUUAUUAUUAUUAUUAUUAUUAUUAUUGUUUAUUAUACUAUUGUUAGAACUACAGCUGUACAUCUUAUUGUUUAGUUUUUUCAGUUCAUUUCAGGCGCUUUCUUUUUUUAUUUUUCUCUGAAUGAUUUUUGUUCUGUUUUUUGUACUGUGUUUAGAGCAACAUGAACAGUACUGUAAUCUAACCAAGUAACCAUGGUUUUAAACAUACUAUCCUAACCUCUGACCUCUAACCCUACAGUGGUAUAGGGCCCUGACCUCCAACCCCUACAGUGGUACGGGACAGGCCUCCCUAGCUAGACUGCUGUAUCUCUUGGUUCUGAAAGCUCUUGGUUCUGAUCAGUGCUUCCUACAAAGGGGGAAGAGAGAGGUUGAUGUGAUGGUGUCUGUUAACCUCCUGGGGUGGAUGUGGUGGGUUGUCCUGGUAGGGCUGUCUGUUUAACCUCCUGGGGUGGAUGUGGUGGGUUGUCCUGGUAGGGCUGUCUGUUAACCUCCUGGGGUGGAUGUGGUGGGUUGUCCUGGUAGGGCUGUCUGUUUAACCUCCUGGGGUGGAUGUGGUGGGUUGUCCUGGUAGGGCUGUCUGUUAACCUCCUGGGGUGGAUGUGGUGGGUUGUCCUGGUAGGGCUGUCUGUUAACCUCCUGGGGUGGAUGUGGUGGGUUGGUGCAGCUGUAGUGUACUCUGAGGAGUGUAUGAGAACAGCUGCCUCUCUGAAAAAGUCUCAAGCCCUGAAGAACGUUUAUAGAUGUCUUAAUACUGUCGUAAAGAAUUUAAAGUCUUAAAGAAUUUUAAGUCUUAAAGAAUUAAAGUCUUACAAUUGAUAAUACAGUGGUUCUCUUUCAAUCUCAACAGUUAAAAAAACAAUCAAUUCAGACUCCGAUUUAAUGGGUUUAUUUUAUUUCCCUCUUUAUGUCACUGGGAAACGUAUGUGGAUGUUAUUUAACCAAGUAAAUACGAGGUUUUUUAAUCCACGACGAUGAAGCAUUGACCUGAUCUUCUGCUCUCCUGUUAUUGGUCUGGCGUGAACGUCAGCUCAACCAAUUCUUCUUCUCCGAUACUGAACCAUGCCAAAGACUAAUGUGCAGCGAUUACAUACAUACUGGAGGUGAUGCAACUCCAUGUCACUAUAUUCUCUUUAGAUUACACAUAUCCUGUCAGAGAGUUGGUUAGAUUAGACAGAAAACAUCUGGGUUCAUUACACUUGUUUUUUUAAUUUGAUGUGCACAGUGUUGUGUGUACAAUGUCAUCAUUUUUGAUGUGCACUGUGUUCCUUCUCUCUGCUGGGCUGUUGUUGCUUAUGGCGAUGGAACAAGCAAAGAUGGCCGUCAGUGGAGCAGUGUCUGUGUGAAGGAAUGUCAUGGUAAUGAGAGAGACGCAGGAUAGAGCAACACACCACACACACUGAGUGGUCUGGAAGCGGCUCCUGGAAGCGGCUCCUGGAAGCGGCUCCUGGAAGCGGCUCCUGGAAGCGGCUCCUGGAAGCGGCUCCUGGAAGCGGCUCCUGGAAGCGGCUCCUGGAAGCGGCUCCUAGCCCUGGCAUGCUACUCACUAUGGAAGAAAACAACAUGCUGUGUUUAAACUCAGCUGGAUUCUCCUGAGAACACUAGCCUGUUGUAAAACAGACAAAAUACAACCUGAUGUUGACACUCACCAUUUUAUAGAGAAUUACAAACUGGGUGGUUCAAGCCCUGAAUGCUGAUUGGCUGACAGCCGUGGUACAUCAGACCGUAUACCACGGGUAUGACAAAACAUUUCAUUUUUACUGCUCUAAUUACAUUGGUAACCAGUUUCUAAUAGCAAUAAGGCACCUUGGGGGUUUAUAUGGCAAAUAUACCACGGCUAAGGGCUGUGUCAAGGCACUCCACGCUGCGUCGUGCCUAAGAACAACCCUUAGCUGUGUUAUAUUGGCACUACAGGGGGGCUGUGCCUUAUUGCUUAAUUACAGGCUGGCCUUCUGGACUAACAUGAAUCCUACUGGACCAAAACUGCUGAAUCUGUGUCCAGGAAACUGGUCCUAUGUGUUGUUAAUGUGGUAAUCUGGAGUAGGAAGUCCUCAUGUUGAGAUCAUGUGGUUUGUCUGGACCAAUACGAUGCUCAUGUUUAGUUUCUUAAUCACAUCUGGUGAACCACCCAGUUAGUCAGCCUUGAUUCUGUGGGUGGGAUAGAGCGAUGUGAUUGGCUGACUAAGGUUAUUUGGAGUGAUGCUGUCUGCUUAACUAUAAUGUCUGAAUCCCAAAUGGUUCCCUGUUCCUUAUAUGGUGUGCUUCCUGUUGACCAGGGCCCACAGGCUAUAGUAACCUGGCUCUGUGCUCUGCUCUGUCCAUAAUCUGAUCUUAAUCAUGUAUAUUGUUAUAGUUGACCAUCUCAUAAUGUUUAACCCUCACACACAUUCCACACCGUCACACACACACCUGUGUGUAUCAAGUAAAUGUAAAGAUUAUUUCAAUUUUUUGGGGGGGUUGAAUGGUGAAGCUCCAUGUCUGAGACUAAAGAGUAGAGGAAGUAGGAAGCUGAUAAUAUUAACCACCAAGCCUGGUAGAAAGGCCAUGUCAACUAUAAUACGUCCUCAACCAAUAAAGGUUUUUACAUACGCUGUC